UUCGCUAAGAUUUGAUAUUAUGUCUCAGUAGUGACACACCCGCGGACAUGGAUAGAGUGGAUUUCACGGUGAAUGGAGAGCAGUGCUCAGUGGGCUGCGAGGUGGACUCCACGGUGACGCUGCUAGACUACCUUCGCCAGAAUCUCGAGCUGCGCGGCACCAAGUACAUGUGCCGAGAGGGCGGCUGCGGUGCCUGCAUAGUCAGCGCCGCUAAAUGUCCAGGGGACACGCCGCAGAGCGUCAACGCGUGCCUAGUAUCGAUUACAUCAUGCAAAAACUGGGAGAUCACCACCAUAGAAGGCAUUGGGAACCGACUGAAGGGCUACCACCCUAUUCAGAAAACGCUGGCUGAGCACAACGGGUCCCAGUGCGGGUACUGCAGCCCGGGAUGGGUCAUGUCUAUGUACAGUCUCCUCAAGAACAAGAGCCCAACUAUGAUGGAAAUAGAACAGUCACUCGGUAGCAACGUCUGUAGAUGCACAGGAUAUCGCCCAAUUUUGGAAGCGUUCAAGAAAUUCGGCAAAGACUCGCCCGACAAAAUAUUAGACAUCGAAGACUUGAAAAUAUGCAAAAAGGAAGAUUGCAAUUCGUGUUCCGACAGAGACGAAUGGUGCUUCAUAGAUAAGGAGGAGGUUGGCAAUAUAUUGAAGUAUAUUCGACUGCAAGAUAAUAGAGACUGGUAUAGAGUGGAAACCGUUUUCGAUAUAUUCAGAAUUUGGGCGGAACGCGGCACGGAUUCUUAUAUGCUCGUUGCGGGGAAUACUGCCAAAGGAGUCUACCCAAUCGAGGAGUAUCCAAGACUACUGAUCGAUGUGUCUGAAGUAUCAGAGCUGAAGAACUACCUCUUCGACCAGAACCUGGUGGUGGGAGCUCUGAACACCCUCACGGAGUUCAUGACGAUACUGGAGACGGUGUCCAAAGUGCAAUACUUUCAGUAUCUGAAGGUGCUCCUUGACCAUCUGAAGUUGGUCGCGCAUAUUCCUGUGAGGAACCUAGGUACAAUUGCUGGCAACCUGAUGAUAAAACACCACUAUCCUUCAUUUCCCUCCGACGUGUUCCUGCUGCUAGAGACUAUCGGUGCUCAGAUAACUGUAGCGACUUCUUUAACGAAGAAAAUCUUAAAGAUGAAAGAUUUCCUAAAAGAAGAUAUGAGAGGAAAAGUAGUAUGUAGCGUGCUCAUUCCGCCGUUGAGUGACAAUCAUAAAAUCGUUACAUUCAAGAUAAUGCCCCGAGCACAAAACGCUCACGCGAUCGUCAACUCCGGUUUCCACUACACUCUCAACCCGAACAACCGAGUGGUAUCCUGCAGGCUGGUCUACUCCGGCCUAUCAGAUAGUUUCAUAAGAGCUAAAGCCACGGAGAAUUAUCUGACGGGAAAGCAGCUAUUUUCCGAUGAAACUUUGCAAGGCGCGUUGACGGUGUUGGAGAGAGAUCUAGUGGUCGUUCCCAACCCGCCGAGUCCGAGCGUGGAGUAUCGACGUCAACUCGCGUUAGCGUUGUUCUACAAAGGUCUGCUGUCACUAAGUCCAAAGUCCGCGACCACCAACUCGCGAGCUCGGAGCGGUGCGGGCAAGAUCCACGAAGCUCGCCCACUGUCUGACGGAAGGCAGAUCUUUGACACGAAUCCAACGUUGUGGCCUUUGAACAAACCGAUGCCGAAGAUUGAUGGUCUGAUUCAAUGUGCAGGAGAAGCACAAUAUACAGAGGAUGUACCGACUCUUCCACGAGAAGUGUUUGCUGCCUUUGUUUUAAGCACAGUGUCAUUGGCGAAGAUUGAAAGGGUCGAUGCCAGUAGAGCUUUGAAAUAUCCCGGUGUGAUUGCAUUCUACACAGCAUCAGAUAUUCCCGGACCAAACAGCUAUACACCAGCAGGAAGAACAUUCAAUUUAACCAACGAAGAAUUAUUAUGUAAUGGGGAAGUAAAGUUUUACAAUCAGCCCAUAGGUAUUAUAGUUGGAAAAUCCUACGCCAUAGCCAAUAGGGCUGCAAAAUUAGUGUCAGUCACCUACAGUAACGUAAGAAAACCCGUGGUGGAUAUAAAAAUUGCCAAAAAUGAUCCAACCAAAAAUUCUAUGGUAACUUCAAUCGAUGCGACUGGCAGAGGUAACGAUGUCACAAAAGUGAUCACAGGAGAAAAUACUAUUUAUGGCCAGUAUCAUUUCUGUAUGGAAACUCUCGUGACUGUAAGCCAUCCAAUUGAAGAAGGAUUGAAAGUGUAUGCUGCAACUCAAUGGACAGAUAUAGUACAGCAGAUGACGUCAAGGACAUUGCAAAUUGAACAAAACAGAAUUGAUGUGCAAGUUCGUCGCUUAGGCGGAGGUUACGGCUACAAGAUCUCUCGCGCGACACAGAUAGCUGUAGCUUGCAAUUUAGUGGCCUAUAAGCUAAACAGACCCUGCCGAUUCAUACAGUCGCUGACCAACAAUAUGCGGGCAAUCGGCAAACGACUCCCCUGUUCUGUCAACUUCGAGAUGGCGGUAGAUGCAAAGGGUGUAAUCCAAUACAAUAAUUUUAGUUCAUACAGUGACAACGGCUAUAUCGUUAACGAACCUCUCAUAAACCUCGGGUUAGACGUCUACAACAACUGCUAUGACAAGACCAGGUGGAACUACAAGGCCUUCAACACUUUGACAGACACUGCUUCUAAUACUUGGUGUCGGUCUCCAGGAACAUUAGAAAACAUUGCAAUGGCAGAAUUUUUCAUGGAAAGAAUAUCGUAUGAAUUGGGUCUUGAUCCAGUCGACGUCAGACUAAAUAACUUGGAUAAUGCUACUCACGGGGACCUUAGGGAGAUGGUCCAAACUUUAAAGAUGAACUCCGAUUACGAUAAUAGAAGAAAAGCAGUUAAUAAAUUCAAUUCAGAAAACAGAUGGAGAAAACGCGGCUUAAGAUUUUCGUUCCUGAGAUGGACACCAGCCGGUAGUUUGUAUUUGGAUAUAACCAUGAGCGUUUACCACGACGAUGGAACAGUAGCUAUUACCCACGGAGGUAUUGAAAUGGGACAGGGUGUAAACACCAGAGCUAUACAAGUUUGUGCGUAUCUAUUGAACAUACCUGUAGAAAAAAUUCAAAUCAAACCCAACGACACGACUAUAUCACCGAACAAUUUCGCAUCAGGAGGCAGCUUGACAUCUCAAAACGUGGCCAUUGGCGUUCAAAAAUGCUGCGAACAGCUACUGAGUAGACUUGCGUCUCUACGCACGGAGCUCAACAAUCCAACUUGGGAAGUCCUGAUCAAAACUGCUCACUCGCGAGACAUAGACCUGCAAACUCACGGCUUCAUCAACAUGAACGAUGUACAGAACUAUCAUAUUUACGGAGUGACGUCGGUUGAGGUGGAAAUAGACGUGCUAACGGGCGAAUCGGAGAUUAUCAGGGUCGAUCUCCUAGAGGAUGUGGGACGCAGUGUUAAUCCCGAAAUCGAUAUUGGACAGGUGGAAGGAGCAUUCAUCAUGGGCGCAGGGUAUUGGACGUCGGAGAAUCUGGUGUAUGACCCUACCACUGGUGAGCUGCUGACCAACCGCACAUGGGAGUACUGGGUUCCGCAGGCGAGAGACAUCCCCCAGGACUUCAGGGUGUACUUUAGGAAACGGUCGUUCACCAAUGACAUCCUAUUUGGAGCUAAAGCGACGGGUGAGCCAGCCACGUGCAUGGGGGUCGCCGUGGCAUUCGCUCUGAGAGAGGCGAUAGUUGCAGCCAGAUCAGAAGUCGGUCUACCUAGAAAUCAGUGGUUUGAACUAGAUGGCCCAUACACCGUUGAAAAAAUUUGCAUGGCUGCGGGGACAAGAAAGGAAGAUUUCAAAUUAAUUUGAACAAUAUGUUUAUGAUACAAAAAUAAAUAUAUUACUCAGUUGUUUA